AUGAGCAAAUUUGAAGAAAAAGGGUUCGAUCUGAUGAACUCACCGAGUUUCAGAGAUUCCGAAAAGAGAAUAGAUGUUGAAGACUCCAAUAGCUUUACAUCUUUCUCCAAACACCAUGGUGUUAAUGGUGGUGUUAAUGGUGGUAUUGGUAUUGGUAUUGGUGGUUAUAUUGCAUCUUCUGAUGGUGAGGACGAUAAAGGUGGUAUCAACAAUGGAAAUGUCACUGCCACCGGCGAGAUGAAGAGAAACUUUUCAAAUUUGAGUCUUGCCAUGAUUGGGUUUUCCUUGACAAACAGUUGGCUUGGUAUAUCCUCAAGUUUGGUCACUGGUAUCCAAUCUGGUGGCCCCAUCUUGAUUGUGUACGGUAUAUUGAUUGUCGCCUCGGCAUCCAUCUGUGUUGCCGUAACAUUGGGUGAAAUGGCAAGUGCCAUGCCUUCAGCAGGUGGCCAAUAUGUUUGGGCUCGUGUCCUUGCACCCAAAAAGUAUUCGAGUUUUUGGGCCUAUAUCACCGGUAGCAUCUCAUGGGGUGGCUCUAUUUUCACUACAACUUCAAUGAAUAUUGCAUUGGCCUUGCAAUUGUUGGGCUUUUGGAAUUUAAACCACCCAGAACACGUUACUAAAAAAUGGGAGAUAUUUGUCAUAUACAAUAUUGUAAACUGGUUCUUAUUCUUCUUCAAUAUCUGGCACAAGUAUCUUCCAAUCAUUGGAAAUAGCAUCUUUGGUAUCAGUUUGAGUUCAUAUACCAUUAUUUUGAUCACCGUGCUCGUUUGCUCAAGAGGUAAUUACAAUGACGCUAACUUUGUAUUUGCCGAGUUCACCAAUGGAACUGGUUGGCCAUCACAGGGAAUCGCCUUUAUUGUUGGACUCAUCAACCCCGCAUGGUCCUUUGCCUGUCUCGAUAGUGUCACACACUUGAGUGAGGAAACAUCGCAACCAGAGAGAGAUAUUCCCAAAGCAGUUUUGUCCACUGUAGCAAUUGGAUUUGUUACUGCAUUCACGUACUCGAUCGCCAUGUUUUUUUGCAUCACCAAUCUCGAAGACAUCAUUGUUUCAACUACCGGUAUGCCCAUUCUUGACAUUUAUUAUCAAGCUUUGGGCAACAAGAUAGGUGCCACAUGUCUUGGUGCUUUGAUAUUUCUCACGGCAUCUGGAUGCACAGUUGCUUGUCAAACAUGGCAAGCCAGAUUAUGCUGGAGUUUUGCAAGAGACAAUGGUUUACCAAUGUCCAAGUACUUAUCAAUCAUUGACCCCAAGACAGGUGGCCCCUUGUAUGCACACUUGUUUUCCACUGUGAUUGUGUCCAUUGUUUCCGUAUUGGUGUUUUCCGAUGCUGCAUUGCAAGCUACUGCAUUGGCCUGUGUUUCCUUCUUGCUCAUUGCCUAUUCGAUCCCAACAAUCUGUUUAUUGGUGCGAAAACGUCAAAUUCGUCAUGGUCCAUUUUGGUUGGGCAAGGUUGGUACAGUUUGCAACAUUGUGUUGCUUUGUUGGUGUGUCUUUGCUUUGGUGUUUUUCUCAUUUCCAGCUUAUUACCCAGUCACUGCCGAGGGGAUGAACUACUUUUGUGUUGUUCUUGUCGUUUAUGUCAUUUGUAUGCUUGCAUACUGGUGGUUCCCAAUGAAGAAGUAUUCGUGUAAGCAAAAUUUCCGUGGUGGACAGCAUAACAUGGAGGAAGUUGAGUUUCCUCAUGUUUGUUUGACUGAGUGGUAA